GAUUGGUUACUGCUGUUACAAGUCCACUGAUGAUAUUGGCAAUGAAUAGUAUAAAUAUAGCAAACACACUCGGACUAGUGGACAGAGAACAAGAUGUGGAAACUCCUGCUUCUCCUCGUCGUGUUUCUUGUUAUACAAGAUACUGAUGGAUUCUUUUGGCGAAGAAGACAACAUUUAAAGCGGCACUGGACCACAAUAUGUGAACACAAAAGAGAGAAACUGGGAUGUUGGAGCGGUGGAAAGAUUAGAGUGCACUAUGCAAUGUACGGCCGUCUCCAUAGAAGCACCUGUUCAAAAUACACGAAAGGACAUUUUUCUACAAGGUGCAAGGCCAAACACUCCAAUCGUAUCGUCAAAAGGCUCUGCAAUGGAAAACGUUUCUGCACUCUGCACGCCAGUAACUCGGUAUUCGGAGAUCCUUGUCGUGGAACAUACAAAUACUUGAAAGUGGCCUAUUCUUGUAAAAAACGAAUACAACGUGUACGUGUCGAUGUGAUCAAAAAAGCUUUGAGAAGACGACGUACCGUGAUAAGGGUGAAAUGUGGUAGACAUAGAGUCAUUGCUGUAAGAUCUGCUAAGUAUAUUCAACCAUUGAGAUAUACAAGAAGACGUGGUAUCAGAAAACAUAUUAGGUUCCACGGAAGACGCGGUAUUAGAAGACGUAGGUUCCACGGAAGACGCGGUAUUAGAAGACGUAGGUUCCACGGAAGACGCGGUAUCAGAAAACAUAUUAGGUUCCACGGAAGACGCGGUAUCAGAAGACGUAGGUACCAUAGAAGAUUCCACAUCAGAAGAAGUUGGUUCCACGGAGGACGUAGGCGCUACAGAAGACGUUGGAUAAGACGUAAGCACCGUGGGAUCCAUAAAAACAUCACACGGAAAGUAAAAUCAUUAUGUAACGGGAAAAGGCGGUGCACUCUGUGGUCUAACAAACCCAAGAGAGGCAAAGGAUACAAGUACAUACGGGUGAAAUACUCCUGCAAAAUCUCGUACCACAGACGCACGGGAAGGGAUGUGAGUGCUAUUGAGACAGAUGACCACAGACAGACACCAAAGAAGUAAAUGACACCUAAAAAUGUCAGCUUUCUGCCAUGAAGGUGUCCACUAAUCAUGUCAAAUAAAGACUAAUAUGUCUUAUUGCAAAAACG